ACAUUAAUUAUAAAUAUCCGCAUGGAUUCUGCUCCACAUUCGGCUCAGUGAAUCGGAUCAGAGAAUUUGUGUCAUCUCUGUCCAUCUUCCCUCCCUCAAUGCCGAUGCCGGAGACUGCCGAAGACGCCACCGCUCCUCCUCCUCCUCCGCCGUCUCCGCCGCGGCGAAGGCGGCGUCAGGGGGCAAAGAUCAUUCGCCUGAUAAUCUCCGUCGCCAUCGGUCUCAUUCUUUGCUUUGCCGUUCCUAAACCUAAGGCUGUCACUUCUCAAGGAUGGCGGUUGCUAUCGAUCUUCCUCUCCACCAUUGCCGGUCUCGUCCUCAGCCCUCUUCCCGUCGGCGCGUGGGCUUUCAUCGGCCUCACCACCUCGAUUGUCAGUCGGACCCUUCCGUUCGCCGCCGCGUUCUCGGCGUUCUUGAAUGAGGUCAUAUGGCUGAUCGUGAUUUCCUUCUUCUUUGCUCGUGGGUUCGUCAAGACAGGUCUCGGAGACAGAAUCGCCACUUACUUCGUGAAGUGGCUCGGUAAGAACACUCUCGGUCUGUCUUAUGGGCUGAUUCUAAGCGAAGCCGUAAUUUCUCCGGCGAUGCCCAGCUCGACGGCGAGGGCCGGAGGCAUUUUCUUGCCGAUCAUCAAGUCAUUGUCGAUCUCGGCCGGGAGUAAACCAGGUGAUUCGUCCUCCAGGAAAUUGGGUUCUUACUUGAUCCAGUCUCAGUUUCAGUGUGCCUGCAACUCCAGUGCCCUUUUCUUGACUGCUGCUGCUCAAAAUCUGCUGUGCCUCAAACUGGCCGAGGAGCUCGGAGUAGCGAUCUCAAGCCAGUGGCUGGCUUGGUUUAAGGCAGCCUGUUUGCCUGGAAUCAUAUCCCUUCUCUGCACUCCGGUAAUACUGUACAAGCUCUACCCUCCGGAAAUCAAACACACACCCGAUGCCCCCGUCAUCGCAGCAAAGAAGCUCGAGGAGAUGGGUUCUAUCAGAAGAAACGAGUGGAUCUUGGUCGGUACAAUGCUUCUUUCUAUCUCCCUCUGGAUUUCCGGAGAUUACAUCGGAAUACCGAGCGUUGUAACCGCCAUGAUCGGGCUGUCCCUACUUCUUCUUCUGGGCGUCCUCGAGUGGGAAGAUUGCCUCAAAGAAAAAUCGGCAUGGGACACGCUGAUUUGGUUUGCGGUAUUGGUGGGGCUGGCAGGACAAUUGACACAGCUCGGUGUAGUGAAGUGGAUAUCGGAUUCCGUGGCUAGUUUCCUCAAAUCCAUCUCCUUGGGCUGGCCUGCCGCCUUCGCCAUCCUCCAAGCCGCUUAUUUCUUCAUCCAUUACCUCUUCGCCAGCCAAACCGGGCAUGUCGGGGCUCUAUACUCGGCUUUCCUCGCAAUGCAUCUGGCGGCCCGUGUCCCGCCGACGCUCGCGACCUUUGCUUUAGCUUUCAACACCAAUCUUUUUGGGGCCUUGACGCAUUACAGUAGCGGCCAAGCCGCUGUUUACUACGGAGCGGAUUACGUUAAACUGCCGGAUGUGUUCAAGAUUGGAUUGGUGAUGGCGUUGAUCAACAUAUUCAUCUGGGCAGCGGUGGGGAUGGCAUGGUGGAAGAUCUUGGGACUCUACUGAUAUUUUGACGAGAUGGCAUUUUGAUCGAACCUGUCAUUUCAGUCUUCUAGGGUUUCUAGUCACGAGAUCGGUCGGAAUUUGUUGGCGUUGUUCCUUCUGCGCUUUCUGAAACAAAAAUAAACUUCUUUUGCCCGAAAGAGAAAGCAGUUCCGAGUAGUUCUCGUCCAAAUGAUUGUAACGACAAAAGUAUGGGGUACCAAAGAGGAAAGCCGAUGAAUAAUGUCAUCAUCAUCAUCAUCAUCAUCAUCAUCAUCAUCAUCAUCAUCAUCAUCGAGAGCUCUUCCAUCAUGGAUUGAUUGUAUGAAGUACUUGUGGAUAUUUGGGUAUUCGAUUAAAAAAGUUCCCCCGUAA